CCAAAACAGAAGCCCGUUGGAUUAGACGCCGCUAUUCCCUCUGACAGCUGCUCCUCAUACCCACGGAAUGCUAACGUAUUAAUCAUAUUACUAGUAAUGGCCUUUCUUGAACUUCAGCCUUCUUGUUGAUGGGAAGGGGGGCUCUCCUAUCACCGGCGGUUACCAGAGAAAGAUGUCCAAUGUAACGUUUUGUCCACCCUCCACAGGCCACUUGCUGGGCCCCGUCCCGUCUUCAUUCGAAUGCAGAGAUACGAGCUGGGUAUGCCAGCAAAUGCAUAAAUACCUAGAGAUAUGCCCCGCACGGAUAGCACAUAUUUUUGAAAUCUCAAUCCUCCCCCCUCAAGCCGUGCGGAGCAUUAAAUACUUUUUUUGAAUUUUCAAAGCGCGGUCUCUCGACUGGAAGAUGAACAAUGGCUGAGCCCCAAAGGAUACUGCUUGAUAAGGCUAAGCUGAACCAGGGACUUGCCGCACUUGAUGCCGCAAUGGGGCAAGAGCCAAUGAUCUAUGCAUUCUCGCCGAUCACCAUGAUAUCCCCAGGUGGCUAUCCCGCGGUGGCAUAUUUUCAGAAUCGGAGUUCCACAGAAGAUGUUGACGUCAUCAUUGAUCCGGAGCAUGCUGUUGAUAAAGACGUUGCAACUGCCAUUCGUAAUACCAUGAAGCAAGUAGGCGAGGAUCUACUCUUUGGAAGAAAAUGGAUCAACGAGGAUGUCUCCAUGUUCCUUACACCACAGGCUCGUCAGUCUCUUUUCCAAGAUGCAACGAAGCAGAACAUCGUCCUCUGGGAUGGACCACAUUUAAGGGUGUUGGCAGCACCGCUGGAAUGGGGCCUAGAAACCAAACUCCGACGCCUUUCUACAACGCCAAAUCAUCCAAAGGUGGUCAGCGAUAUGAAUGACAUCGUUGUGAUUCUGAAAUUCCUGAUAGAUCGAAACGGGGCCCCCUUAAAGCAAAAUACCAUUCAGUCAUUGAACAGAAACGGGUUUGAUGUUGCUAUCAAGGAUGAUGUAAUAAAAAAGGCCGCAGCAGAAUACCAAGCACAAUAUGGAACGCAGCCUUUCUGCUAA